AGUUAUUCCAAGUUCGCCGAAUUAACUUAACCUUCUUCUUUUAAGAACUCAUCUCAAACUCUUCAAUGGCGUAAAUCUAAGUUGCUCGAAGUAUUCAUCAGAUCUCACAGUCAUCUAAUAACAUAGUUAAGUAUGAAACUAUGUAUGUUGCACGGGUAAAAUAAUGGGAGGGUGCAAGACAAGCCACGCCAGUGGUUCCGUCCCCAUACAUAGUUUAAUACACACACUCUCACUCACCAACUAAUCUUCAGAUCAGCUCUACCGCUUCCAUCUUGCUGCUCCCACCGGAUUUCGCCAUUUAAGUGAUUUUUAGAAUGUAUCUCUGAAGUUGAAUCUUUGGUAGGCUUGAGAGUCAAAGAUAUAGAGGCCGAGAAAAUGUUGCAUAACCACUUGCUCUUAUUGACUCUUUUUCUUAGCUUCAUAGAAAAUGGAAGUUCCACUGUAACUAGUACAUUUAUUCGUCAAGAGUGGCCAUCUGUGGAUAUUCCACUUGACAAUAAGGAAUUUGCAGUCCCUGCAGGCUAUAAUGCACCACAGCAAGUUCAUAUUACACAAGGAGACUAUGAUGGGAAGGCUGUCAUAAUCUCUUGGGUCACUUCAGAUGAACCAGGGUCUAGCCAAGUACACUAUGGCUUAUCUGAGGAAAAGCUUGAGUUUACAGCAGAGGGAACAUUUACGAAUUACACAUUUUACACUUACAAGUCUGGCUUUAUACAUCAUUGCCUUGUGGGUGGCCUAGAGCAUGACAGAAAAUAUUACUAUGAAGUUGGAAGUGGUAAUUCUUCAAGGAAGUUUUGGUUUGUGACACCUCCGAAAAUUGAUCCAGAUGUAUCUUACAAAUUUGGCAUUAUAGGUGAUCUGGGCCAAACAUUCAAUUCUCUUUCCACUCUCGAGCACUACAUGCAGAGUGGAGGGCAAACUGUCUUAUUUGUUGGAGAUCUCUCUUAUGCUGAUAGAUACCAAUAUCAUGAUGUUGGAGUACGUUGGGAUACAUGGGGUCGUUUUAUUGAAAAAAGUGGUGCAUAUCAACCAUGGAUAUGGUCAACUGGGAAUCAUGAGAUAGAGUACAUGCCAUAUAUGGGGGAGGUUAUUCCAUUCAAAUCGUAUCUCGUUAGAUAUCCCACACCUUACAAAGCCUCUAAAAGUAGCAAUCCAAUGUGGUAUGCCAUCAGAAGGGCAUCUGCUCAUAUAAUUGUUCUAUCCAGCUACUCCCCAUUCGUCAAAUAUACACCUCAAUAUAAGUGGCUUAAUGAAGAAUUUACAAGGGUGGACAGGGAGAAGACUCCUUGGUUAAUUGUCCUCAUGCAUGUCCCUAUUUACAAUAGCAAUGAAGCGCACUAUAUGGAGGGUGAAAGUAUGAGGGUUGUGUUUGAGGAGUGGUUUGUCAAAUACAAGGUUGAUGUGGUAUUUGCUGGCCAUGUCCAUGCUUAUGAGAGAUCCUAUCGCAUAUCAAACAUCCACUAUAAUGUAACAACUGGUGUUGCUCACCCUCUACCUGACAAAUCGGCUCCAGUUUACAUUACAGUUGGAGAUGGAGGAAACCAGGAAGGUCUUGCUGCAAGAUUUAUGGAUCCCCAACCUGAGUAUUCUGCUUUUCGAGAAGCUAGUUAUGGCCAUUCUACGUUAGAGAUCAAGAAUAGAACACAUGCGCUCUACCAUUGGAACCGGAAUGAUGAUGGGAAAAGAGUUGCAACAGAUGUUUUCGUUCUACACAACCAAUAUUGGGGGGGCAACCGAAGAAGACGAAGAAAGUUGAACAAAUCUCAUCUUCAUUCUGCUAUCUUUAACAGGCCCUCUAGCAGUCAAAUCUGACUUCAGGCAUUUAGCUAACCUCUAUCUGCCUUAGCUGGACCUAAGGACAGUCACUGCCUGUUCUGGUUUGAAAUUAGGGUUCCUGGGACGCCUGUUCUAAGAGUGUCUGUCUGUGGUAUCCACUAUCCACAAUGUAUAAAAAAAAUUGCUUUUUGCCCACACAUUUGUUGUUCCAUUGACUCUAUGAAUUCCAAUUUCAUGUCACUGGUCCCAACUUCCCCAACUUCAUGGUCUGUGAUCCUUUGUUUAGAAGUUUAGAUACCUCAUUUUUUUAUCUACAAAAAAAGUUAGGGGUAGAAGAUACAAAACAGGUUAAGAAAAGAGUUUUACGUUGACAAAAAGAAAGCCUUAUAAAAUGCAUCUUGUAGUGGAUA